AUGUUGGAGCAAUAUAUUCAGCAUUUUGUAAAUGGCGAUGAUACUGUCCUUCCACACAUUCUUAUGAAUAUUGAGGGAAAGCAAAAUGGACAGUUAGGAAGUUGGGAAGAUCAUCUUUAUCGCCAACUUGUAAAGAAACUCGUAAUUGAGGGUCGUAAAACACAACCCACCUCACAUGAAGGUAGAAAUGCCUCAUCACUUGAACAGUGUAUGAUAGCAGUACGUAUUUUAUUAACUGCCUUCUCUCUUGGUAGUGAGGUUGCAGCUGCUGUUCGCAAGUCUCUAUUAGAAGCCGGUAUUGGUGGAUGUAAAGCUAUGAAUUUGGAUCGAUACUUUAGUGGGGAAUCAUGGAUGAUUCCUUAUGUCUCAAACUUUGCCGUACUUUUAUUGAAAGUUUACCGUGUUCGUGCAAAUGUGAUUCUUGCACUACCAGCAAAUGCUGAACAUGUAGAUCGACUAAAACAUAGUCAUUCUUCUCAAAUAUCAUUCCUAUCACGCAAUAAUAAUAAUAAUAAUAAUAAUAAUAAUAAUAAUAAUAAUAAUAAUAAUAAUAAUAAUAAUAAUAGUAAUAUUAAUAGUAAUAAUAAUAGUAAUAUUAAUAAUAAUAGUAAUUAUAUUCUAAAUGGGGAAAAUACAGAAGAAGGAGUAGGAGGUAGGGGAGAAAGUAAUGAGACACACAACAGACGUCGAAGAGAAUUACCAACGAAACCCUCUUUUGUUCCUUUUAGUCGUAAUCCACUAUAUACCGAUAAUGCAGAAGAAGAUAAAUGGAUGACUCCUCAAUUUCCUACACCCAUUACUCAUUUUGCAAGGCAGUUUGGAUUGGGUUGUGAACCUAAAUUACCUAAUUUAAGUACUUAUAUUCUUCCUAAUUUUAUGCUCCGAACAGAUUUGCAUGAGAGACGAACCCAAAGUUCACUGGGUACUACACUAGUUUCACGUCGUAUUAUAGAGGCCUUGGAUUUUGAAAAGAAAAGAGAUCCUUUAUUUUCUUCUUAUCUUGCUAAUGGUUGUUUAAUUAUAUGGGGAAAUAAUAUUGCAUUUCAAGGUAAUGAAUCGCAUCCAGCAUCAUCUACUUCAGAAUGGGAAGUGGCAUCACAUACACAUAUUAUUUCACCAAUAGUUUUAAAUGUUCCUGUCCCUGUCGUUUCUUUAAGUUGUGGAACUCAAUGUUGCUAUUUGGUAACGUUUGAUAGAAAUAUUUUAAGUUGUGGAAGUGAUGAAUGGGGACAACUAGGAUCUAGGAGUUUAUCAGAGAAAAAAACACUUGUAGUGGCUGAUGGAAGUGAUGGUAUUAAAUUGCGUUUUCAUCAUGUAGCUCUUAGAGAACAUGAGAAAAUAGUAAAAGUAAAGGCAGGAUCAGCAUUUGCAGUUGCUGUAGUUGAAGGAUCAAAUCAUAUGUAUUUAUGGGGACAAAAUUCUUAUGGUCAAUGUUUAGUAAAAGAUACAAAAAUUGUCUCAAAUCCAAUAAUGAUAGAAGCUCCAGAACGUUAUGGUGAGAUUACAGAUGUAGCAUGUGGAAGUUUCUUUGCAGCUGUUUCUUUUGAAUGUGGUGCUAUUGGAACUUGGGGUUUAUCUACAAUGCUUGGUGUUAAUUUAAGUGAAGAUAAACUUAUUGAGGUUGGUCCAGGAGGUCAUACAAAAUGUGCAAAGACUAUUAUUGUUUUUACUCCUAUUAAAGAACGUAUUGUGGCAUUAAGAUCUGGUCCUUGGCAUUGUUUGGCGAUUACAUCAAAAGGAAGUGUUUAUUCCUGGGGUGUGGAUCGUAAUGGUCGUCUUGGACAAAAUGAAAAUAAUGGUGAAAAAAUGUCUCGAAUAGAAUCAUUAUCUCAACAUAAGGUAAUAGAUGCUAGUUGUGGAACCUUUCAUUCAGCCGUAUUAACUUCUAAAGGAUUUGUACUUGUAUUUGGUGAAAAUACUUGUGGUCAAUUAGGUAUUCAUGGUGUAGAUUCUUUAACAGAAGCUGAAAUACUUCCUCUUCCAAGGCUUGCUAUUGCAGUUUCUUGUGGACGUGAACAUACAUGUGUUUUACUUGAAGAUGGUGAUGUUAUGAUAUGUGGAACUCUUCGUUCAUCUGGUAUUGGUUAUGGGUAUGGGGCACGAUUUUCUGUUCCUCGUAGAAGUUUACAAAGUUAUUUAAUUUUAUCUUUACAAAGUGGAUCUACACAUGGUAUAGCAGCAGGUCUCCUUCGCAAUUUAACAGUUCAAGUUCUUACCUCAUGUAGAGAUAUUUUACCAAGAGAUGAAAUAAGUAGAUUAAAUGAAAUUGUUUUACAAAAUGGAGUACGAACUGUUGCAGGAGGAAAAGGAUUUAUGAUUGUUUUAACAGAAACUGGUAGUGCUUUGGCAAUUGGAGAAACCCAAAAGGGUCAACUUGGUAUAGGUGAUCCGGCCAAUUCAGGUCCUUCUACAUCAUUCCGAAAAGUAGCUUUUCCUGAAAAUGUACAAUUUGCCUAUUUAGAUUGUGGUAUUGAAUAUACUAUUGGUAUAACUACUACGGGUACAGUAUAUAGUUGGGGAUCUAACUCUCAUGGUCAAUUAGGACAUGGAGAUGCUGUUCAACUGCAUGAAACGGUAUUUAUUCCACAAGAAGUAAUGUCUUUACGUUCAGCACGAGUUGUACAGAUAGCCUGUGGAGGUACUUUUGUAGUUGCCCUCACACAAGAUGGUAAUGUUUAUACAUGGGGUGAAGCCAUUUACUGUGGACGUGCGCAAAGGGAUUCACCAUGUUUGAUGAAACCUAUGAUUCUAGAAGAACUAUCUCAUAUAGUUUCUAUAGCUGCAGGUUUAUAUCAUGUAAUUGCCCUUUCCGAGACUCAUGUUCUUUAUGCAUGGGGAAAAGGUCCAUUGGGAAAUGGUGGAGCUCCUAAAGUAAUUGUUCACACACCGGUUGUUAUUACAUUUGCCCAUUCUGUACGGCAAAUUGGAUGUGGACCAUUAAAUAGUUAUGCCAUUACAGAGAUUGGUGAUCUUUUUGUUUGGGGUUCUAAUGAAAGAGGACAAUGUGGACUUCCUCUACAGAAAACCCAAUCACAUUCCGUGUGUGAGGAUAAUGAUACGACAACACAUAUGGAUUCACCUAGGCGUUGUUUUACUUCAAUGUUGUCGUUUCCAACCUUUGUGGCCUCUGAAGUACGGGAUGCCGCCUUUGGAUACUCUUGUGGGGUUAUUAUUAAAGAAGAUGGUAGUAGUGCAGUGACGGGAGAACUUUUUCAAGAAUCUGGAACGGUUUUUUAUCGUUCGUUUACACCACAACAGUUACCAUCAGUGACAUCACAAUGGCGAAAAAGUAUGCACGGAUUAUUGUCUGUAAAUGAAAAAAAAAAUGUAAAGAAUACAAUUCCGCGUGGUUUUUUUUCUCGUUGUUUUCGAGGGUUUGAUAUGGUUUUUACCGUGAUAGAUUGGGAUAGACCCACGGCUGCGGAGGUUAUCUCCGCUGUUGGCGAGAUGGCAAGGUAUUCUGGCUUAACUUCCUCUAGGGUGAGAAAGGCAAAAGGAGGGGAGGAUAAAUGA